AUGCCAAAACCUUCUUUCUUCAAGCGCCGCCGGCAAUCAACCCCAAACCCAGCCAAGAUAGAUGAAGACAAAAUCCUGGACACCGAAAUCACCCAAGUAACCCGAGACCGCAAGCGUGAGACAGCAAUCACUUUCAACGUGUUCUAUGGGAAACCGGAUCUGUCCCGCAAGCUCCUUAAGCACGUCGCUUUCACUGACAAUGCUGCCAUACACACGGAAUUUUUCGAACAGUGUGGCAGACCCGUGUUGGUGCAGGCUGGGAAAAAGAAAGGUAAAGGCAAAGGCAAAGGGAAGGGGAAGGGCAAGGGAAAGGGAAAAUCCGAAAUGAAUCAUGCUUCUCAUCCAAGCCAAAGUGUGGAAAGCGGGUUGCCGCAGUUUCAGGAGUUAGCAUAUUUGGCUGCGGGUUUCAAUGAGGAGAUUUUGAAGUUGUGUGAUGGGGGUUGUGCUGGAUGUGGCAGCAGUAGUGGCGAAGGAACCGAUGGUUAUGGAGGCAAAGGGAAAGGAAAGGCACGUGAGGUGGGUGCUAUGGUGUAUCGUCCACUUUGUUGUUCGUUGGAUGGUUAUGAGAUGUUAAAGGAUGGGGUUUGGAUGCGUAGGCUUAUGAUGGCUAUUGCGCGUUUGGUAGAGGAAUUUGAGACGUAUGAGAUGGCUAAGAAGGCUAUUGGUAUUGUGGAGAAAACUGAAGGCAUGAGUGAUGAGGAGAUGCAUCCAUUUGUGAAUAUGCUGGCGGUGCCUGUCUGCGAACCGGAUGGGGAGUGUCAGAACAUCGUGGAGAAGGCUAUCGACUCAUUUGUGCAGGGAAUUCUGAAAGGUUUGGAAAAUGGUCAAAGGAGAUAUAGUGCUAAGUUCCUAUCAACCAAAAGCGCAGCGAUUGACUACAGUGUCUGGGAGGAUGACAUGGAUCGGAGUGACGGCGAUGCCAAGGACAACGACGAUGGUACUGACGAUGAUACAGAGAACGAGCAAGCCUCCCCGAAGAAACGCGAUAGAGCUUCUCUUUCACGUCAUAUGAGUCUGGAGAACAUGCAACCAGUUCGUCUUGUCGUGUUUUGCGGCAUUCCCAUCGUCGAUCCCAAAGAAGCACCCAGUCACGGCCGCCUGAACAUGUUCCUUUUCACCUCCAACUGGCCUACAGAGAUGGUUACUGGUUACAGAGAUCCAGACCAGCACGAGUACGAGUGCUACCAACGCAUCGCAGCAUUUCAUGAACAAGCCAUGCUGGACGCAGCGGAUCUCCGCUGUGCCAUCUGCCCUGGAACCGCAACGAAGGCAACUUCCCUCUUCCACUCCCCUAUUUCAUUCAAACGAGACCGCAAUACCUCCAGCUCCAGUCUUCAGAUUCUCCGCGACAUCGUCAUGAAGCUGGCCAAAUAUGUAGGUGGUAACUGGAAGUACCCUGACACUACCGCCGCGCUGGGACUGGAUGGGUUCCCUAAUAUCACCGACUUCGUCGUGCCCAUCUGCCAGAGAGACUCCGUGUGCGAGAAGACUGCACUAGUCACAGCGCAGGCGUUUUUGCAUAUGUAUUUGCCAGAGGGUGUUAUUCCUCUGUACCCGGACCUGUAUCCCACGACAGACUUUGCACGUGUUUGGAAGAAAGAGAAAUUUGGGAGAAACCCCAAGCUUAUGUCGAAAAUGCUCGGGACUGGGCUGAUGAGCGAUGCGAUUCAUGAAAACCAUGAAUUCCAAGAACAGGGGAAUGCUGCUAAGGUAGCUGUUAACAUCCCUAAUGCGAAAAUCUCUCAGAAGCUGCCUUUAAAAGGCAACAGGCAAAAAACAGGUCUUCGACGGCUAGACAGUCGAAGACUUCCGCUUGGCUGUUGA